AUGUCUCUAUGGGUAGAUAAAUAUAGACCAAAGACUCUACAAUCUCUGUCACAUUCUGAUGAGCUAACUGAAUUAUUAGAAUCACUAUCUAAACAACCAAGAGAUUUGCCUCAUCUUCUUUUAUAUGGGCCCAAUGGUAGUGGUAAGAAAACUAGAUGUAUGUCUCUGUUGGAAUCUAUCUUUGGUUCAGGUGUAUAUCGACUUAAGAUCGAUGUUAGGCAAUUUGUGACACCAUCAAACAGAAAAUUGGAAUUGAACGUAGUAAGUUCUCCAUACCAUCUGGAGAUUACUCCAAGUGAUAUGGGUAACAACGAUAGAAUUGUGGUUCAAGAAUUAUUGAAAGAAGUGGCACAAAUGGAACAAGUCGAUUUCUCUGAUUCAAAAGAGGGUGGAUUGGCACACAGAUAUAAGUGUGUUAUUAUCAAUGAAGCAGACUCAUUGACUAGAGAUGCACAGGCCGCAUUAAGACGUACAAUGGAAAAAUAUUCUAGAAAUAUUAGAUUGAUUAUGGUCUGUGAUUCUCUGUCUUCUAUCAUUGCACCCAUAAAGUCCCGUUGUCUUUUGAUUCGUUGCCCAUCCCCAGGUAAUGAUGAGAUGGUGAAAAUUUUGUCUGAUGUCGUGUCUAAAGAAAAUAUUAAACUAGAAUCCGGCUCGAUAUUAAACCAGAUCUCGAAGGAAGCUAAUGGAAAUUUAAGAUUGGCUUUAUUAAUGUUGGAAUCCAUGGCUUUGAGUAACGAAUUACAACUGAAAGUUUCUACUCAUAUAAUUAAACCAGAUUGGAUAGUAGUAAUAAAUAAAUUGGCAAGAAAAAUCCAAAUGGAGAGAACAGUAGGUUGUCUUGUGGAAUGUAGAUCUAUUUUAUAUGAAUUGAUGGCACAUUGUAUCCCUCCAAAUACAAUAUUGCAAGAAUUAACGUUUGCAUUAUUAAAAUCAAAUGCAAUCGCAGAUAAACAAAAGGGGAGGAUAAUUGAACAUGCUAGUGUAUUUGACGAGAGAUUGUCACUGGGUAAUAAGGCUAUCUUCCAUUUGGAAGGGUUCAUCGCUAAAGUUAUGUGUUCUUUAAAUAAUGAUUAA